CAGUUGCACGGCGGGCGGCGCACGAGUUGAACGGGUUUCGUGUAUCAUCGUUUAGCGCCGUGUAAAAUGAACGGGUCGCAUUUCGACACGCGUCGCGACUCACCGCGCUCGCUUCGCCGAUAACAUCUGCAAAAUUCGAUAUUUAGCUCGUGACAUCGUGAUAGUGUCGUUCGAUUUCGCAUGACGCGAUAGUAUCGGCCAUGUGAUAAGCGGCUCGAAGCCGCCCGCUUAUGUCUACCCCCGCCGAAAAAGGGAUAAAAACUUAAAAUUCCUGGAAUGCACACAUGCGGACGACGGGUAACAGUGGGUGCGUUUGUUGAGGUAGUCCUAUUACGAUGCCGCGAAGAAGUAAGUGGAUGCAUCUGGUGGCUGGCGUCGUCGCCGGUGUCACGCUCGGUGUGUUUCUGAAAUUGUGCUUAAGGACAUCUUCGAGGACUUCUAUUGAAGCCUGCCCAGAUGCGGCGAAAUUGUAUGUCGCUCCAGAUCCUUUGUCAAUUAUAGAUUUAAGAACUGACGAAACUAUUUACAAUUCUAAUAGAACUCUUGUGUUUGUUGGUGUUAUGACAGCGGAACAAUAUUUAACCACGAGAGCUAGGGCUGUAUUUGAUACGUGGGCCCAAGAUUUACCUGGACGGAUUGCAUUUUUCAGUUCAGAAGUUUCGCGGGCGCCAGGACUACCUCUUAUUCCAUUGCGUAGCGUUGAUGAUAGUUAUCCUCCUCAAAAGAAAUCUUUUCUUAUGUUGCUAUACAUGUAUGAGCACUACGGUGAAAGGUUUGAGUGGUUCAUGCGUGCGGAUGAUGACGUUUAUGUUAGAGGAGAUAAAUUAGGAGAGUUUUUACGUUCUGUGGAUAGUAGAAAACCUCAGUUUAUAGGGCAAGCGGGAAGAGGCACGAGCUCUGAAAGAGAUGCCUUGGCGUUAGAUUAUAAUGAAAACUUUUGUAUGGGUGGACCGGGAGUGCUGAUAUCUCGAGAAACAUUGAGACGAGUCGCCCCUCAUGUCAAGUACUGCCUGAAGCACCUUUACACAACGCAUGAGGACGUUGAGCUGGGUCGGUGUGUAGCCAAAUUUGCUGGGGUCUCUUGCACAUGGAGUUACGAUAUGCAAACGAUCCUACAUCACAACGGGAGCGGCGCGGCUGCGUACACUGGGCGGCUCAAGAAGAGGGAGGUCCACCGUGCAAUUACGUUACAUCCAGUGAAGGACCAUCGUCAGAUGUACAGAUUACAUACCUAUUUUAAGAAUCUUCACAUCCAGGACCUCAGAGAACAAUCGCUAGAUCUUCACAGGGAUAUAUCAUCAUCUGUUCGUCAACUAGGGGUCGCAACCGACGAAGUGGCAAACUUCGUGCUCCCUGGCGACGUUCCACUAUUCCCUGUAAAAAUAGGAGAACCGGGAUACUUGGGCAACAAUAAAAUACUAGGUGCUCCAAUAGACUUUAACAGGUACAAACCGGACACAGUGGAGGACAUCGUGCCCUUCGAUUUCAUUAGCAAGUCUAUUUAUUCCGUGAGCCAUUCCAACCCUAAGCGGAGGAUCGAGACUCCGCUGAAAGAGGCUCUCGAUGACGUCAUAAGAGAGGUGAUGGAGAUAAUAAACGCGCCGUCACGCCAGCGCGGGCGCGUGAUCGACUUCAACGAGUUGCUGUACGGUUACACGCGCCUGCAGCCGCUGCACGGCGCCGACCACGUGCUGGACCUCUUGCUGCGCUACCGGCGCUACCGCGGACGCAAGCUCACCGCCGCCGUGAGGCGACACGCGUACCUGCAGCAGUCCUUCACGGGGACUGACAUACGAGAGUUGCCUAUGGGCGAACCGCCACCAGUCGAAGAGCCGGAAAUUCUCGAACAAUUAGAUCUCAACGGGAAAAAUUAUCAGAAUGAUUACGAAGACUUCGACGAUCCACAGGGUCAAAACAGUUUCCUUGAUAUCAGCAAAUUGAACGUCAGAGAAGCAUUUGAAAACAGUUUGCUUAAAAUACAGAGUAAUUUACCAAAAGUCCUGAAAUGGAGUGACGAUGAAUACGAAUACCCCAUCUAUGAUAGACGGAUACACUUCGUUCUCCCAUUGCUAGGAAGGUUUGAGGUCUUCAAUCGAUUUAUGAAGAAUUACGAAGAUAUCGUCUUAAAAAACGACGAAGCUGUGUCGCUUAUCGUAGUACUAUAUUUAGAUAGCAAAAGCCCAUUAGAUUACUCAAAUUCAGAAUCUUUGGUAAAUCACUACAGGGAUGUCUAUGGAAAAGAUAUAAAAAUAGUUCAAAUGGGUUCAACGACAUUCUCGAGAGGUGCCGCCUUAACGGAAGGUAUCAAACAGUGUUCUAGUGACAAUCUAGUUUUCUUCAUAGACGUGGACAUGAUGUUUAACCACGUGACCCUCAGGAGAAUAAGAAUCAACACAGUCAAAUACCACCAAGUGUACUUCCCAAUCGUAUUCAGUGAAUACAAUCCUGAGGUCGUUUACGGCGACGAUUAUAAUAAGUUCAAAGACGAAACUCUCGUUAUGAAUACAGAUUUAGGAAAAUACGUUGAAAGCGAAGAUGGUGCUACUAAAAGUGAUAGAGAAUUAGCGAAUUUGAAAUAUAGUAAAGUGAUAAAUGAUGAUUUCGGUUAUUUCAGACAAUACGGUUUUGGUAUACUUAGUAUUUAUAAAUGUGACUUUGAUAGAGUUGGUGGUUUCGAUUUGAAUAUAAAAGGGUGGGGUUUGGAGGACGUGCAAUUGUUCGAGACUUUAAUAAAGUCGAAUUUAACGGUGUAUAGAAUAGCGGACGAAACGUUAGUGCAUAUCUUUCAUUCUGUUGACUGUGAUAAGAAAUUGGAAAAGAGUCAAUUCCUCAUGUGUCUCGGAACAAAGGCUUCGACUUAUGGGAGCGAGAAACACAUGACAUAUUACAUGCUUAAUCACCCUGAAGUUUUGUGGCCGCAAGAGGAGAAAGGUGCCAGCUAGUAUAGGGACUAUAGUAGGUUAUUUUCGAAUUUCAUUAUUUUUUGGUUUCAAAAAUCAUUUGUGAUUUUAAAAUAUCGAUAUGUUGUAGAACAGUUUUUAUCAUUUUGACUUAAUUUUGACAUGUAUAAUAGUGUAAGAAAUUAUUUAAUAAUUAAUUGUCACGUUCUGUAUUAUAAUGUUAUCGUAAAAUUUGUUUAUUAGAUUGAAAAAUUUGGUCUGAAUCAGGCAUUUUCAAUGGCAUUUGAGUAUAAGAAAUACUAAUUUUUGAAGCAUUUAUACACUUAGAUGUUAUAUUAGAUAGUUACUAAAUGUUCCUAAGCACUAGUAAUGAUAUAUAUUUUUAGAUCAAUUUAUUCUAUU